AUGGAUUCACUGACGACGUUCAACAAGUCUGCACCAGUACUGGUUUCCACAUCCCUGGAAGGCCUCGAAAUCGGUGUUCCCCCUCCAACACGUUUACAAGCAGCCUGGCUCGACAAACCCUUACCAAGUCUCCCGGAUCGGACAUCCAGUGUCUACGGCACUGAGAGCACAAUUGAUCUUAGCGGCUGCAUCGAGAAAUCUCUGGACCACGACGACCUUUUAGCCUUGGGAAGGAACAGAUCAAAAUCGGAUGUUGACUCGGAUGUAGCAUCAACACGUUUCUACUACAAACGAAAUGUGGCCAAUCGAAAAUCGCUGAAUACACGUACAAGUGAGCGAUACUCGAUUGGUUUCAAGGCUUUCUUGACGGAAGAGCAGUACGGUGUAGGGAUGCACCUAGCGAGAGCGAACCAUUAUUUCAGAGAGAAGAAGUGGGAGAUUUUUCCUGAACUAGGGCCACAGGCUGCCGGGCGCGAUGCUUCAUCGCCUACCGCCACGAAGUCACCGAGAAGAGGCCGACCUCGGCUUCCGAAGGGAUUCAGUAAACAGCAGUUGUGUCAGGGAGAGGUGUUCGGUAUCAGUCUCAGACCAGUUGCUGAGCAUAUGAAGCCUGUUAUUGAGCAUAUCAGACCAGUUGUCAAUCACAUGAAGGCUCAAACCGAGAAUCUCAAGCCGGUUGCUAGUCAUAUACAACACACGCUAGUGACCAAAACCUCGCGAUUACGAUUACGCAUGAUGUCUGUCGAAGAGAAGGAAGAGGAAGAGGGAAGUGCGCAAACAGUUGCACAACUAUCCCGCAACUUCUCAUCUUCCUCGUCCAAAGAUUCAGACAGAACUCUCGUCAAUCACGUUAUCGAACCAGUCGAAAGCCCAGAGACAUCAAGUCCAGCCGAACCCAGCUUUGCCACUGUCCGGCAACGCAUGCGAGACAUGUCACCAUGGAUCGUCACUACUCGCUCCGAGCUCAAAGGAGACUCCAUAGCACUAUGGAAGUCAACAUCCACCACCGUCCUCAACAUCGUCUCGCAUGCAGAGAACAAAUUGACCGCAGCAACGAUGACAAGGUCGCGAAGCUGCAGCCAGCCUUCACCUGCACACGGACUUCGACAGUACACUAGCAGCGCAUCCGUUGACACAUCAUCUGCGAACAAGCCUCUACCGAUAGUCCGAGUGGUAACUGAGAAACCAAUCCUGUCUAUCCAAACCCACUUUCAUGCAUCGUCACCGACAACGACAGAAAGAGGGGGAGUAUCAAAGGCCUCCAUCCCGGACUACGCCAGACACAUUCGCGCAAAAAGUAAGAGCAAGACCAAGGAUACUAUGGUGUUCGUUGCUGCUGCCUAUGACGGUGCAAAGCAGAAGAUUGCAGAUGUGCAGGCAGCGCGGAGAAGGGCUGGAAUGAAGAAGCAGAUUCGUCUCGUGGGUCCGAUUGAUCAGUAUCCUGAUGGGUCUAUUAACCAGCGAUUUUGA